AUGAAAUCUCUGCGCCGCAAUCUGAAAUCUUUGCAGAAACCAUUUGUCAAUGGAUCCAGUACCUUAUCCCCGAGUGCCACGCUCAUUCAUGAGGACGGAGAUCGGGAGCAUGUGGAUGAGCAUGGAGACCCAGACGGUGGAGACAACGACGACUGGAAAGGCCCAAUUGGAUUGAAUCUUCUUCAUGAACCUGAGAACCCUCGUGUUGAUCUUAUUUUCGUUCACGGCCUCGGUGGUGGCUCGAGGAAGACUUGGAGCCUGACAAAGGAAAUGAAGCAUUUUUGGCCGAAGAGUUGGCUUCCGGAGGACUCGGCAUUCGAGAAUGUACGCAUAUACAGUUUUGGCUACAGUUCCGACUGGCACAAGGGCAAAGACAGUGCAAUGAACAUCUACGACUAUGGGUUGUUGUUACUCACGGCCAUGGAACUACGCCCAGGCUUCGGUGCGGAUGACGCGUACAUGCUUGCGAGGCUGAACCCACAGUACGACGAUAUAGCCAAACGAAUUUCCACCUUUUAUUUCAUUGCCACUCCGCAUUUGGGCUCUGACUCGGCUGAACUUUUGACAAAAAUCUUCCACGCUGCAUACGGUUCGCGCUCCUAUGUCUCGGACCUCGAAAGGGGUUCUUCCACAAUUAGGGAUAUCAACGGCCAAUUUCGUCUUUAUGCAGGCGAUCUAAAGUUAUGGUCAUUCUACGAAACUCUGCCCCUUACUGUAGGAUUUCUCAGCAAGAUUAUUGUAAGACAGGAUUUCGCCGUGCUCGGGUACGGAUCGGAGAAACAAAUUCCCAUGACUGCUGAUCACCGGUCAAUAUGCAAAUUCAACUCGGUGGCCGAUCCAAAUUAG